UUAAGCCUACCACUCUUUCUUUCUCACUGUACUAUGCCCUAAUCACAUUUUGCUCUUCUGGAAAGAAUCCGAUUUCUCCGUACUUGUCUCCUUCCUUCGCUAUAUAAGUAUCCUCUUUUCUCUGAUCUUCUUCUCCAUUCACACCUCAUCUGGAAAGAAUCCGAUUUCUCCAUACUUGUCUCCUUCCUUCGCUAUAUAAGUAUCCUCUUUUCUCUGAUCUUCUUCUCCAUUCACACCUCAUCUCUCUAGCUCUUUCUCUCUCUCUCUCUCUCUUUCAAUUCUCGCUCUGAUCAAAGCUUUAGCCGAUCCCAAAAGCAGAGGAUUAUAUAUUUGAAAAUGGGAAUGGUAGUGGUGAUUUCUCUGCCCUUCAUUUUCUUUUGCUUACUCUUAGGUUUCGGCUGCUACUUCUUCGGACGAUACAGGGGAAGACGAGACGUACGGACCAACCCCCAGAUCUACGGCGUCCCCGCCCCACCACCUGGCGCCGCCGCCGUCAAUUCCUACCCUUCUCCGUCUCCUCCGCCUCAUUACAAACCGGACUUCGCAUCCAAUGUUUAACGCUAUACAAACGCGUACAUCAACUGCAAGAUGUUUUUCAACAAUUAUCGAAGCAGAAUAAGUGUGUGAAUGUGAUUUAUUGAGGUGAGAGGAUUGCAAUGGAGAGUGCGUGUAUUCUUUUAUUUAUGGUGUUUCAGCCUAAUUGGACAGUCUUCAAGAAGUUGAUUUUUGUAUAUUUGGGUGAUUUUUUAUGCAAGUUUAAUUACUUUUUAUGCAUCAGAUUAGGAGAAAGAAGAUUUUCUUUGUUAAUUAGUUUGUUGUUUCUCAUUGAUUUGAGCGAUUGAAGUCAAUUGGUUUUCUUUUAUAGGUUUUGUAGGAAGUCUGUCUAAAAUCAGUUCCAGUCAUUGUUUAGUGAAUAAAAUUUAAGUGAACUGAGUGGAACAAGAA